AUGUAUGCAGCAGUGGAACAUGGGCCUGUUCUUUGCAGCGAUUCCAACAUCCUCUGCCUCUCCUGGAAAGGCAGAGUCCCCAAAAGUGAGAAGGAGAAACCGGUGUGCAGGAGGCGGUACUAUGAGGAAGGCUGGCUGGCAACGGGCAAUGGCAGAGGAGUUGUGGGUGUCACUUUCACUUCCAGCCAUUGCAGGAGGGACCGGAACACCCCUCAGAGAAUCAACUUCAAUUUGAGGGGCCACAACAGUGAGGUUGUGCUGGUGAGGUGGAAUGAACCAUUCCAGAAAUUAGCAACCUGCGAUGCAGAUGGAGGAAUAUUUGUUUGGAUACAAUACGAAGGCAGAUGGUCUGUGGAGCUCGUGAACGAUCGUGGGGCACAGGUAAGCGACUUUACAUGGAGCCACGAUGGGACUCAGGCACUUAUCUCCUAUAGAGAUGGAUUUGUGCUGGUCGGUUCAGUCAGCGGACAAAGACACUGGUCUUCAGAAAUAAACUUGGAGAGUCAGAUCACCUGUGGCAUAUGGACUCCAGAUGACCAACAGGUACUGUUUGGCACUGCUGAUGGACAGGUUAUUGUCAUGGACUGCCACGGGCGCAUGCUGGCCCACGUGCUCCUUCAUGAGUCAGAUGGCAUCCUCAACAUGUCCUGGAACUACCCCAGCUUCCUGGUGGAGGACAGCAGCGAGAGCGACACGGACUCGGACGACUAUUCCCCACCACAGGAUGGACCAGCUGCCUAUCCAGUCCCGGUGCAGAACACCAAGCCACUACUGACUGUCAGCUUCACGUCAGGAGACAUCAGUUUAAUGAACAAUUACGAUGACUUGUCUCCCACUAUCAUCCGCUCAGGGCUGAAAGAUGUGGUGGUGCAGUGGUGCACACAAGGAGACCUGCUGGCGGUAGCAGGCAUGGAGAAGCAGAACCAGCUGCUUGACCUCAGCAAUGGCUCCCUGCUGAAAAGCGCGCUGGUCAAGUUCUACAAUGUGCGUGGGGAACACAUCUACACCCUGGAGACACCUGUGCAGCGUCCCAUCAUCUCCAUCUGUUGGGGUCACAGGGAUUCCCGCCUGCUGAUGGCCUCUGGGCCCGCGCUGUACGUGGUCAGAGUGGAGCACAGGGUCUCCAGCCUGCAGCUGCUGUGCCAGCAGACCAUCGCCAGCUGCCUGCGGGAUGACAAGGACAUCAGCAAGCUGACCCUACCCCCUCGGCUCUGCUCGUACCUCACCACUGCCUUCAUACCAACAAUCAAGCCUCCAAUCCCAGACCCAAACAAUAUGAGAGAUUUUGUCAGCUACCCAACAGCUGGGAAUGAGCGGCUGCACUGCACCAUGAAGCGGACGGAGGAUGACCCAGAGGUCGGGGGUCCCUGUUACACACUGUACUUGGAAUACCUUGGGGGGCUGGUGCCCAUCCUGAAAGGACGUCGGAUCAGCAAGCUGCGGCCGGAGUUUGUCAUCAUGGAUCCUAAAACAGACGGAAAAGCAGAUGAAAUCUAUGGAAACAGCUUGAUUUCCACUGUGAUUGACAGCUGCAACUGCUCUGACUCCAGCGAUAUCGAACUCAGCGAUGACUGGGCAGCAAAGAAAUCUCCAAAAAUCAGUCGAGCUAGCAAAUCACCUAAACUCCCCAGAAUCAAUAUAGAAGCUCGCAAAUCUCCAAAGAUGUCACGAGCUGCACAGGAGAUCUCAAGAUCACCAAGGUUACCAAUAAGGAAACCCUCUAUUGGUUCUCCAAGCCUGACACGAAGAGAGUUUCCUUUAGAAGAUAUUACUCAGCACAACUACCUUGCUCAGGUCACAUCUAAUAUCUGGGGAACCAAAUUUAAAAUUGUGGGUUUGGCUGCUUUCCUACCAACUAACCUUGGUGCAGUAAUAUAUAAAACCAGUCUGCUCCAUCUGCAGCCCAGGCAAAUGACAAUAUAUCUCCCAGAAGUGCGGAAGAUUUCAAUGGACUACAUUAACAUGCCUGUCUUUAAUCCAAAUGUUUUCAGCGAAGACGAAGAUGAUUUACCAGUGCCCGGCGCCCCCGGCGCGCCCGCCAGCAGCCCGCCCUGCACCGUCAACAUCCCCAUCGCGCCCAUCCACAGCUCGGCGCAGGCCAUGUCGCCCACGCAGAGCAUCGGCCUGGUGCAGUCGCUGCUCGCCAACCAGAACGUGCAGCUGGACGUGCUGGCAAACCCGCCGGCCGAGGCGGGCGGCGAGGGGCCGGGGCCCUUCCCGGGGGCUCCGGGCCGCUUUCCCGGCCCCGGGGCGGGGGCGCUGGCCGUGGGCGAGCUGGGCCGCCCGGCCCCGCCGCCGCUCGCCCCGCCGCCCCCGGCGCCCCCCGCCAUCGCCCUGGCCGACCUGCGGGACCACGGCGACCGCGAGCAUGAGCCGCCGCCCAAGGCCAAGGCCCCGCGGCCCGGGCCGCCGCUGGUGGAAGGGGACGCCGUCAUCUUCGGGGCCGCUCAGGAGCUGCAGCUGAACAAGAUGAACCCGCCGCCGCCCUACCCCGGCACCAUCCCCGCCGUGCCCGCCACCCCCCUGCCGCCCCCGCCCGGGCCCCCGCAGCCGCCCCUCGAUCUCUGCCUCAAGAAGGGCGAGUUCUCCCUCUACCCGGCGGGGCACUACCAGACGCCCCUGGGCUACGAGCGGAUAACGACGUUCGACAGCAGCGGGAACGUGGAGGAGGUGUGCCGGCCUCGCACCAGGAUGCUCUGUGCCCAGAGCACCUACACCCUGCCGGGCCCCGGCAGCUCCGCCACUUUGCGCAUCACGGCUGCCGAGAAGAAGAUGCAGCAGCCCUGUGCCAGCGCCACCUUGAACCGGCUCACGGUGCCGCGCUACUCCAUCCCGGCUGGGGACCCGCCGCCCUACCCUGACAUUGCCAGCCAGCUGUCCCAGGGCAGAAGCAUGGCGCAGAGGCUGGACAGCAGUAUCAUUCAUGCUACUCUGCGGAGGAACAGCAGAGAGGCAGCCCUGAAAAUGGCUCAGCUGAUGGAGGGUCAGAGAGCCACCUUGCAACUUCCCCCUAAGGCCAAGAGCAACAUUGUGUCAGCACAGUACCAGCAGAGAGUGCCCACGGCCUUGUACACCUGCAGCCAAUGCAGCAGUGGCGGCGCUGGCAGCAGCAGCAGUGCGAGCGCUGGUGGCGCAGGCAACAUCACUAGUGCCAAUGCUGGUAGCAGCACUUCCAGCAUUGGUGCCAUGAGACCAGAUCUGAGCACAGGGAGUGGCUCCCAACACAGCUCUGUCAUUGCUCACUCUGUCAGUACUUCGCCUCUGGCCUCCCAGUCCUCCUACAGCUUGCUGAGCCCGCCUGACAAUUCCCGUGACCGAGCGGAUUAUAUCAACUCCGCUUUCACGGAGGAUGAGGCCCUUUCUCAGCACUGCCCAGUGGAGAAAUCAGUACGGCACGUACCUGCGUCCUUGACAGAGGCUACCCUAAGUGUAAAACGGCCGCCACCGUACCAGUGGGAUCCUAUGGUGAGCGAAGAGAUAUGGGUUCCUCAGGAAAGGACAUCUCAGAGCUCAGUGCCCAACCCUCUAAAACCUCCUCCGCUCAUCAUUGGUCAAGCUCAACAUCUGGAUAUGUCUCGAGUGCCAUUUGUUUCCCCCAAGUCUCCAACCAGUCCCACUGCCACUUUUCAGACGAGUUAUGGGGUUGGAGUACCUUACCCAGGAAGCUACAGCGCCCCACCCCUUCAGGGAAUGCAGGCCCCCUGCUCCCCCAAAGAAGCUCUGGCCCCAACACAGUUUGCACAGCAGGAGCCCACAGUUGUGCUUCAGCCAGGUUACUCAUCCAACCUCCCCUACUGCCCUUUGCCACCCAUGUACCCGGGAAGCAGCACUUGCUCUAGUUUACAGCUGCCACCGAUCGCCUUGCACCCCUGGAGCUCCUACAGCGCCUGCCCACCCGUACAGAACCCCCAGGGCACGCUGCCCCCCAAGCCGCUCCUCGUGGUGGAGAAGCCGGUGAUGUCUCCCCCACCAGCAGAGCUGCAGGGCCACGUGGGCACAGAGGUAAUGGUGGAGACGGCAGACACUUUCCAGGAGGUGCUCUCCUUGACAGAAAGCCCUGUUCCCCAAAGGACAGACAAAUUUGGCAAGAAGAGCCGGAAACGCCUGGACAGUCGAGCCGAGGAAGGAAAUGUGCAGGCUAUCACUGAGGGCAAGGUCAAAAAGGAGGCAAGGACACUGACUGACUUCAAUUCACUGAUAGCCAGCCCUCGGCUGGGGAGGGAGAAAAAGAAGGUCAAGAGCCAAAAAGAUCAGCUGAAGUCCAAGAAACUAAACAAGACAAAUGAGUUUCAGGACAGUUCAGAGAGUGAGCCGGAGCUUUUUAUCAGCGGAGAUGAACUGAUGAACCAGAGCCAGGGCAGUAAAAAGGGUUGGAAAACUAAAAGGAGUUUGAGGACAGCCAGUGAGCUGGAUGAAUUCAAGUGCCGGAAGGCCAGCGAGAAGGAGGAUGGGCGUCUGGGAAGCCAAGGCUUUGUGUAUGUGAUGGCCAACAAGCAGCCACUGUGGAACGAGGCAACGCAAGUCUACCAGCUGGACUUCGGAGGGCGGGUGACCCAGGAGUCGGCAAAAAACUUCCAGAUUGAGCUGGAAGGACGACAGGUGAUGCAGUUUGGAAGAAUUGAUGGCAAUGCUUACAUUUUGGACUUUCAGUAUCCAUUUUCUGCAGUGCAAGCCUUUGCUGUUGCUCUGGCUAAUGUGACUCAACGCCUCAAAUGAAAAAGCAGAGACUGGAGAGAGAAAAAUGUUAACCUUCUCAUAAAGUCCAAAUGGAAAAUGUCAGGGCAGCCUGCUUUAGGUGUGCAGAGAUGCCUGGGAGUUAAGAAGGCAGUAAAACUGGAAAAGUCUCUUGGUGCCCACCAGAAGGGCAUUAACUCUAAUCAGUCACGGGGUGGAGGGUGGGGGGCUGUUUUCUGUUUGUUUGUUUGUUUGUUAGCUUGUUUGUUUUCUGGUUUCUUUUUCUUUUCAAGCGUUGUGCUGGGUCUCAGAAGGAGCGAAGGGUUGAGAAGCGUUCAGUGUUACGUGGAGAAGUGUGGCUUUUGGCUUGUUGUGGUGGUUCUGCUGUGUGUGCUACAGUAGCUGAUGUAAGCUCAUGGGGGGAUUAAAACAGACUGCUCUUCUUA